AUGUGGAUCGAUAUAAAUCAAAUAUCGAUAUAUAUGUAUCGAACGUUGAUGUUACAAAUCGAAAUAUUGUAUUCUUAUCGGUUAGAAUGCAUUUUUGUAAGCUUAUUCAUCGUCCAAGUAUGGUUACAGGAGUAUGGUACGUUCGUUACAAAAUUUGUUGAUAACCAUAAAUCUAAAGUAAAAGUGAAAAAAGCAGCAAAUAUGGCUACAAAACGUUUUAAUCUUAUUCUUCAAGAAGCAUUACAGGAGUACAAAAAAAUAUGGACGACCUAUUUAGAUUUUGUAAGACAAUAUCAAGAAGGUGAUUCUAAAUCAUUGUCCGAAGAGAAGACUCAGAUAGGAAAAAAGAUAGAUGAAAAUAAUAAAUCCUCAGGAAGUAUGUAUUCUGAAGAACCAAAUUCAACUUAUUCAAUAGAGAAUACUCAGCAACAAUCUACUUUGGAUGUUCAUUCUAGUAUGGAAUCAUUGUUCGAUAAGAAUAUAUUUGAAAAUAUAAGUUCAAUGCCAGAAAGUCCUAUAUUUUUUAGAAACAAAUCAAAUUUUAAAAAUAUCAAUUCUAAUAGAAAUAUUUGUAUGGAUAGUUCUUCUGAAAGCAUAAGUACAAUAAAUAAUUUAAGAAAUGAUAAUAAGCAAGAGAUGUCUGAUAAAACAAAUUCUGCAGUUACUGAAGAUUCUACGAGUAAUGUUCCUUCAUUAUUUUUAUGUAGUACUCCGACUAGAAACAAAAAAUGUAAUAUAAGUAAAACAAAGAAUGUUAAAAGAAACACACAAUCCAAAACAGCUACACCAUUGAAUAAUUUAAAAAUAAGAAAUAAUUUACGUACUAUAAGAAAAGAGAAAGCAUUGAACAAAACGCCUUUGCAAGUUAUAAACAAUAUGAGCUUGACACCAAAGAAUAAUUCUCGAAUAGAUAAGAGUAAUAUUAAAUUAAAUACGAUACCAUAUAACAUUCAAGUCACAUCGACGCCAAAUAGUAAGAAAUUGAAACAAACCAAAUUAGUAUUUCACAAGACCAAAAAAACGAUGGAGCUAUCAAAUAAUUUAAAAUCGACUGGUACUCCUGUAUUAACAAAGACUGAUAAAUCUGUAUUUAAUCAGGAAACAAUUUCAAAACAAAGUAUAUUAACCAAUAUAAUAAGUACAAAGAAAAAGGGAAUAGAUGAUGAACAUAUUGAUAAUAUUUGUAAUCAAACUGAAAAGACAGAAAGCAUAAUAGAAAGUGCACAAAUAAAAAACGAAUUGAUAUAUCAGCAAGAAUAUGAAAUAAAUAAUCAAAUGGAAAUAAAUGAUCCAUUAAACAUUAGUAAUGAAUCACUUUCAACUUUCUUUUUAGAAUAUGAAAAUAAUAUAAAUCUUGAUCAAAAUGUUAACAAUUGUAGUAUUGAUAAAACUUUUUUGCCUUCAGCAAAAUCUGAAACUAAAUCUCAGCAUAUCAAAAAGAAACAAACUAAAAUAUUGAAAACAAAGGAAAAUGUGAUAAAUAUCAUUGAUCUAGAUGAAGCAGCAGAAAAGAGGAUUAAAUUAUCUAAAAAUAGAAGCUGCAGAGAAUGCGAACAAUAUGGAGAAAAACAAUGCUAUCAUUUCAGAAAUAUACCGUAUAAAAGAGAAACCACACCAAUGGAUUUUUGUAUCUCUAUGUCACCUGAUAGCCCUUCAAGUACCACCUAGUUUUGUAUAUCUAUUAUUUAUUUAUAGGAUUUAUAUUCAUUUAUUAUAAAUUGAUAAAUCAAAUAAUACAUUUUUAGUAUAUAAUUAGUAUACAGUUAUACUAAAGUAUUAGAAUUAAAUAUUGUAGAAAAACUUUAAUAUUAUGUAUAUUUAUGUUUGUGUAAGUGUAAGUAUGUAUAUGUCAAAACCAAAGUAUGUACUUGUGUAAUAUAAUUAUUCAUAUCUUUGUUGUACAACUAAGAUCAAGUAAAUUCCACACAAAUUUUAUUAAAAUACACAAUAAAAAAUAAUAUCAAAAACUUA